AUGGGCCCAUGCUCGUUCCUCGUUCUCUCAGAGGGGGGGAAACGGGAAUUGGAGCAAUUGGCAAUUGACGGCGGUCGCGACGGGCUUGAUGGGCUCGAAUUUUCUGCGGGAGUCCCAAGGUCACCCAACCCGAGGAACCUGGAAGCUGAAUUCACGAUCGGAGACGACCAGAAAGAUCCAGACCGAAGGAAAGCAGUUGGGAAUUCAGAGUUCAGCGUUCACAGUUCACCGAACCACGUGAAUCCCGCGCGUUCACCGGGGUCACGUGGUGUGGUGCCUGUCUCGACAGGUGUCGAUGGCCGUCAACGAGACAUCAUCACGGCCGUUCUCGUUCGGUGCCUGGGUGAGAUGGAUUUACGUAUGCGAUGGCUCAUAUGGCAGAGAUCAAGGAUGAGAUUCUCAGGAGACCCCCCGCCCCACCACUCCCCCACCCCUACAAAAGCAGAUCCCACAGGGAUGCGCGCUCCUGGUACAUUCGAUAUAUAG